GGAGAUGCCGCGCAAAUAAAUAGUGGUGCGCACCAAUGAUAACGACAAGCUCUCGACCCAGGAUACCCACUAAAAUGUGCCAAUGGAGUAUUGUGACUAUAACUUACGUGGUCCUUGCGUUACAAUCGUACGAUGCCAGGGAGAUAAGUUCGCCGGAUGCUGCUACUCUCGACAAUCAUGUACGGGUGUCAUCAGGUAACAGGACGCAGCGGUUCCUGUUCGACGCCAUAUUCGGGCUGGAGGUGCCGAUCCUGGAGGAGCAGAGCGUCGAAGAUGAAGAGGAGGAUAACCAGAUAAAAAACUGCUCCUGUGAGUGCGGCAGGGCAAACCCACUCCCUAGAAAGAUGGAGUGUGGCGGGUCCAAUCAGGAGAACCGCAUCGUCGGCGGGAUGCCGGCCGGCGCCAACCGGUACCCGUGGAUGGCUAGGAUCGUGUACGACGGACAGUUCCACUGCGGAGCCUCACUCCUCACCAAGGAGUAUGUGCUCACCGCUGCUCAUUGCGUCAGGAAAUUAAAACGCUCAAAGAUCCGCGUGAUCCUGGGCGACCACGACCAGACGAUCACGACCGAGAGCGCAGCCAUCAUGCGCGCUGUCACAGCCAUCGUGCGCCAUCGCAGCUUCGACCCUGACUCCUACAACAACGACAUAGCACUCCUCAAGCUGCGCAAGCCGGUGAACUUCUCCAGGAUCAUCAAGCCUGUUUGUUUGCCGCCUUCUGGCAUAGAUCCAUCAGGCAAGGAAGGCGUGGUGGUGGGCUGGGGCCGAACAUCGGAGGGAGGACAGCUGCCUGCCAUCGUGCAGGAGGUACGGGUGCCGAUCCUCUCGCUCAACCAGUGCCGGGGGAUGAAGUAUAGGGCCUCGCGUAUUACUAACAACAUGUUAUGUGCUGGCCGAGCAUCGACAGAUUCGUGUCAGGGCGACAGUGGUGGUCCCCUGCUCCUGCAACAGGGAGAUAAAUUCCAAAUUGUUGGUAUCGUGUCAUGGGGUGUAGGAUGCGGUCGACCCGGCUACCCGGGAGUAUACACGAGGAUCACUCGAUACUUACCCUGGCUUAGAGCUAACUUACGAGACACCUGUCUUUGCGGCAACUAAUUAAUGUCACAAGCAAAAGAACACGCUGAACAAUGUCCUUUUACUGGAAUACAAAUCGAAUAACUGAUAUUUCCAAAUUAUUAGGCUACAUAUUUUUUAUUUAUUUAACACGCAAAUAAUGAUUAGAUCUUAACCGUCUUACCACAAAAACUUUUAAACGUCAG